AUGGACAAGGAGAUGCAACAGCUGUGGAGUAAUUUUACACUUGUUGAGGAUGAGAGUCUUGAAGUUCAUCUUCUGGAUCAGGGAGACGGUGAUUUGGGGGAGAAAGGAAAGUUGUGUAUCUUUGGUAAAGUUCUGUCAGUGAAGCUUUACAAUAAGAUGGAUUUCAAAACUGCAAUGAAAAAGUUCAAUAAUAUGUUGGACAAGAAUAGAGUUCUUGAAGGGAUGCCAUGGUCCUUUGAUAACCAUUUAGUUAUGUUGAAAGAUUAUGAUGUGUGGCUGACUUGUUGGAAUGGUUCUAACUUUGGGGUUAGUGGUCUUCUAGAUACUAUAAUGGACAAGGAGAUGCAACAGCUGUGGCGUAAUUUUACACUUGUUGAGGAUGAGAGUCUUGAAGUUCAUCUUCUGGAUCAGGGAGAUGGUGAUUUGGGGGAGAGAGGAAAGUUGUGUAUCUUUGGUAAAGUUCUGUCAGUGAAGCUUUACAAUAAGAUGGAUUUCAAAACUGCAAUGAAAAAGUUCAAUAAUAUGUUGGAUAAGAAUAGGGUUCUUGAAGGGAUGCCAUGGUCCUUUGAUAACCAUUUAGUUAUGUUGAAAGAUUAUGAUGGUACGUUUUAG